AUGCCAAUGGCGAUGGCAACGAGCAGGGCGGCAUCACUAGCAAGCCUCAAGAACAUCUUGGCGGUGGCGCUACUGUGCGCCGCCGUCGCGGCCUCCUUCCUCCCGCUCUCGUCCGCCGGCGUGUCCCUUGUCUCGCUGACCUGCCGCAAGACGGCGCACGAGCGCCUCUGCAUCUCCACCCUCGCGCCGGACAGACGGAGCGACGCCGCCCAGUCCGUCCAGGAGCUCGCCGUCGUCGCGCUGACGGUCGCCAGGAACUCCACGCGGGACGCCGUGUGGCGCACCACGGUCCUGGAAUCCCGGGUUCGGACGCCGCUGGAGCGCGACCGCCUGGAGCAGUGCCGCGCUCUGUACUCGGAGUGCCUCCGCGCCACGACGACGACGAUAGCCCUGGUGAACGCGGCGAGCUACGACGCUGCCGCCCGAGCCUCGAGCACCCUCCACUGGUACCCGGAGAAGUGCCAGAGCCUCUUGUACAUGCAGGGGGUCGAGUCGGCCAUGGAGCAAACAAACAAGCAGGUGGAGGGGAAGCUGAUCGCCUCAACGGAUAUCGUUCACUUGCUACUUGCUAGGCGCGGAGCAGACAAAUUCAACCUAGAGUAA